AUUUUGGUUGCACGCCAGCGCUCCCAGCGCUGCGGCGGCGUCCUCGAAAAACGCGCCAGCAGAGAUGCGAGAUGCGAAUUAUGACGAAAACAAGGAUGCCGGUCAACAUCCACGAAUUGACGGAGGGCUGGUUGGAGCUGGAGAGUGAUCCUGGUUUAUUCACGCUAUUGCUGGAGGAUUUUGGCGUGAAAGGCGUGCAAGUUGAAGAAAUUUACGACGUGCAAAGACCCAUCGAAGGUCCUGUCUACGGAUUUAUCUUCCUCUUCCGGUGGAUCGAGGAGAGGCGAUCCCGCAGGAAAAUCGUCGAGGAGGCGGAAACAUUCGUGCGAGAUGACGAAGCCGUCAAUAAAAUCUUUUUCGCUCAACAGAUGGUUCCAAACAGCUGUGCCACCCACGCUCUUCUUUCAGUUUUAAUGAACUAUAACAACCUCAGCCUUGGCUCCACAAUCAGCAGACUCAAGGAGCACACUGCUGGAAUGAGCCCAGAGAAUAAGGGGUAUGCGAUUGGGAACGUGCCCGAGCUAGCAAGAGCACACAACUCUCACGCAAUUCCUGAGGCCAGGCGUUUGAACGACAAGUCCUCGAGCGUCAGCACUGGUCGAUUUACCGGCGAAGCGUUCCACUUCGUCAGCUACGUCCCGAUAGAUGGAAAACUUUUUGAACUGGAUGGAUUAAAACCUUAUCCAAUUGACCACGGACCUUGGGGUGAAAAUGAAGACUGGACAGAGAAAUUUAGGAGAGUCAUUACAGAGCGACUCGGCAUUGCAAACGGAGAGCAGUGCAAGGAUAUUAGGUUUAAUUUGAUGGCCGUUGUUCCCGACAAAAGGAUCGCUCUCAAUAACAAAUUGGAAAUGUUGAAGACAAAUAGACAAAUUGUUUUGGACGCGUUGAAAACGUUAGUGAGCGAAGCCAAGCAAAAUGCAGACAAAAGUAAACCUUCGAAAGGUGGUCGGGCCUCGAAAGAAGCCGAGAAAGGUGAUUCUGAAUCUCACAAAUCAAUAGAUUUUAGCACUCCGCUGACUGUUCAAACAUCUCCAGCUUCGAGCACUGAUGCCUCUUCUGAUAUCGGUUCUGCGGGCUCGAUGAACUCACCAGUGCCAAGUAAAUUGAUCCUGCUUUGGAAAAGAGGCAUAAGUGAGACGUCGGAUGGCUGUUUAGAGUUGAAGGCCGCCAAAAUGGAAGAUCCAGAAGCUGGGCCAUCUGACAGCAACGACAGCGAGGCCGGCAGCAAAGACAACCUGAUGACCAAAGUGGAUCCGAAACUGGUGGCCAAGUACCCGACACUCUUUGGCCCGCACACUUUCGCGCCGAAAGAUCUGCUGGUGCUGCUGAAAAAUCUGGACCAUGGCAUCCAGCAGUGCGAACAGAAUAUCAAGGAGGAGACCGAGAAAAGAAGGAAAUAUAAGGUUGAUGAUGGUAGAAGGACGCACAAUUACGAUGAAUUCAUCUGCACAUUCCUCACGAUGCUGGCACACGAGGGAAAACUCGCUGAUUUGGUCCAGGAACACUUGUCCCAGCCAAAGAAGCAGGGUGCCGCAUCAGCAGGAAGGGGGAAAAGUGCGCCGAAGAAAGCUCUGCCAACUCAGCAGUCAACAAGUCCAGGCUCGGGCAAGCAAAGGGGUAGAAAGAAAAAAAGGAAGUGAUAUUUAUUAGUUUUCGUGUCGAAAUAAAUUUUUCCUCGAGCAGAAA